GUAUUUAUCUUUAAAGGGGCUUAGAACGCGAAGGGAGGGUAGAGAUAAAAAUUCGAGUCUGGGAUCAUACUUACAAAUCCUUAACAUAUAUUAUAUAUGCAUAAAUAACAGAUUUAAUUUUCGAGGAAAACAGCACACCGAAUUUUUCAUUUCCGUAUGAACGACAAGGGCAUCAUCAUAAGAAAAGUUGCCGAUAAAAAUCAAUAACAGUUUUCGUGUUUUAAAUUUUAGCUAAACUUUUGUACGGCAUCACUUUUUGUCAAUGUACACACAUUUCUUCUCUCAGUGUUUCGCCGCAUUAUUUGUUUUGCUUCUUUCAUUCAUUUUUUUGUCUUUGUGCUGUAUUCAAGUCCGAGUAAUUUUACUUUUGCACAAAUUUCUUUUUUAUAUAUAAAAGUAAGAUUAGUUUAGGAUAUUUUAAGGCAAUCGUUAAUCUGAGCACAAGUCAGUGCUGCUUGAAAAUUCCUAAAGCGUUGAGUUCCAUCAGUGAUCCAUCAUGUCCUUUCAUUUAAGCACAAAGGAGCGUCUUUUGUUGUUAUUAGAUGACAUAGAAUUGAUAGCAAAAGAACUAAUCGAAAAUACAGUCGCCCCGAAGCAUCAGAAAAUUUCUACAGCCGAUCAUACUGCACUAGUGGAUUUGCUGGUAUCAAAAGAUGAAGAGUUCCGUAAAAUGCUAGAAUUGGCCGAUGAGCAGGCCAAAAUUGAACAAAAGAUGGAUGAGUUACGCGCAAAAGUUGAAGUGCACGAUCGCGAAAUACAAAAACUUCAAAAGUCACUGAAGGAAGCUGAGCUCAUACUCUCUACAGCAAUUUUUCAAGCUCGUCAAAAACUUGCAAGCAUUUACCAGUCAAAAAAGCGACCAGUUUCUUCAGAAGAACUUAUUAAAUAUGCACAUCGCAUUAGUGCAGCGAAUGCUGUUAGUGCCCCGCUUACAUGGUGUAUCGGAGAUGUACGACGUCCAUAUCCCACGGAUAUCGAAAUGCGCAACGGAUUUCUAGGAAAAAACGAUUUAAACAUUAACGGUGGUGGAGUAGCACAUCAAAACAAUGUGCCCGAGUCACAGCGCAGCAUGGCGGAGGUGCCUAAUACCUUCCAAAAUCAGUUCAAUUGGAAUAAUCUUGGCGAAUUGCACAUGUCUAUGGGAUCAACAGGAAAUACCGUUGCGUUGGAAACACGUGCUCAUAAAGAGGCAUCGCAAGAUGAUGUCGAAGUGAUGUCAACAGACAGUUCCAGUUCCAGCUCAAGCGAUUCACAAUAAUAAUUUAAAUAAGAUUUUUUAAGUUUGAGG